GUUGGUGGUGACAUUGCUCAAGAAAAACAGGCGCAAGUUAGGCGGAGACACGACGCGUGCAGUGGAGAAAUUUAUUGUAAAUGCGUGACGGUGUGACUUGCCCCGCCCUGAUUGUUCACUGUGUUUCUUGCCACACUUUCCAGUCAACCAUGGCUCACAACCAUCACCACGAUAGCGAGUCGUACCAUGGCGAUCCACUCGACACUCCAUCGCCUACAGAAGAGAGAGAAUCGGACGAGAUUGAAGAGCAAAAGCAUUUUCAGAAAGUGUUGAUGGCUUUAGCUUUUUACCGUCGCCAUUCCCUUAUUAUGAACAAUCGUAGGCGACAUGACUACAACUUGAUCUCUCAACACCACAAGAAACUGUUGCCUGAUUAUUUACAAAAGGUCGAUCAAGUGGACAAGCUGAUCGAAGAAAAUGCGCUGGUUUUAAAAGAAAUCGUAAAAGCCUCGGGGAUCUUUUCUGAAACUGAAGUGCAAGCCAGUAUCAUGAACAAUCGUGGCAAGAAGCCGCCUGUUUCUCCAUCUGAUAUGGACAAGGUCCGGAGUACACUCAAGCAGUUUGUGAGAGAUUGGUCAAAGGAGGGUGAACCGGAACGUCAAGCGGCAUACGAACCUAUUUUGAAUGAACUGGAAAGCAUAUACAAAAACAUGCCACUUGAAGAAAGAGGCCAAGUGCGUGUUUUGGUUCCUGGAGCUGGUCUCGGAAGACUUGCAUUUGAAAUUUGCAACCGAGGCUUCAGUUGUCAAGGAAACGAGUUCUCCUUCUACAUGCUCUUUUCAUCCAACUUCAUCUUGAAUAGAGUAUCUGCUCCUGAGGAAUUUUCUAUUUACCCAUUCAUUCACUCGUUCUCCAACAUUCGCGACUCAGAACAGCAGUUGGCCCCUAUCAAGAUACCUGAUGUCCUUCCAUCCUCCUUGCCUCCCACCGCUGAUUUUUCCAUGGUUGCAGGAGAUUUUGUUGAAGUGUACGGAGAUAAUGAUAAAAGUGAAGGGCAAUGGGAUGUGGUUGCGACUUGUUUCUUCAUAGACACUGCCAAAAACAUCAUUCGGUACCUUGAAGUCAUACACAAGAUUUUGAAGCCUGGCGGCUCGUGGAUUAAUAUCGGACCACUUCUGUAUCAUUUUGAAAACACACCGGGUGAGAACUCUAUAGAGCUCAGCCUGGCUGAAGUGAAGGAAAUUGCCGAGAAAAUAGGUUUCACCAUCACGAACGAAAAAACCAUUCCAUCAACCUACACUUCCAAUCCAAAUUCCAUGCUGAAAUAUGUUUAUGAAUGCUCAUUCUGGAAAGCUACCAAAAAAUAAAUGAGCAGCUGACAGAC